GUUACUUUUCCUACAUUUAUUGUUACAAGGUUUGGCAUUUUUACAGCUAGCCAAAUUCCUUACAUAUGUUUGGAAAUGGAAAUGGAGUUCGAGACUUGUACAUCCAAUGUGAAUAUUGAUGAUCUGCCCGAGGAAAUAUUAGAGUUUAUUUUGUCCAAGGUUUCACCAUAUCGUGAUGUCAAGUCUUGCAUGCUUGUUUGUCGUCGUUGGUACCGUUUAGCUGCAGGUGUGACAAGACAACUAAGACAGACCUUUCAAAAUUGUGUAUAUGAAAGUAAAGUGAAAUGGACAAGAAUUGCACCAGAGAUUGACAUAAUACGGGUAACAGAAAGAUACUCCCAUUGUGCUUGUUAUUAUGACAAGUCACUGUAUGUAUUUGGUGGAUGUACAUCAAUGAACACGACCUUUAAUGACCUCUGGAGAUUUGACCUGGCAAGGAGAGAAUGGAUAAGGCCACUAGCAAUGGGAACCUAUCCAUCACCUAAGGCAUGUUCCAGUAUGGUUGUAUAUAAAGACAGUCUGGUAUUAUUUGGUGGAUGGAGUCAUCCAACUCCUUAUCCCUUACACCAGGCUGCAGGAUUUUUCUAUGAGUUACAUAUGUACAAACCAGAGGUCAACAGAUGGUACCUAGUGACCAGUAUUUCUAGAGAACAUCCACCACCUACAGCAGGCCAUUCAGCUUCUAUUGUCAAGGACACCAUGCUUCUGUUUGGAGGAUCCAGUGUGCCUGGUACAGGAACAAACGACUUGUGGAGAUUUGAUUUUAUAGAUUUAACCUGGAAGAAAAUUGUAACAGAAAACAAGAGACCAAGCCCAAGAUUUGGUCAAACACAGGUGACAGUAGAUGACCAGCAUAUAUUAGUUAUAGGUGGUUGUGGAGGUCCUAAUCAGAUAUUUAAUGACAUGUGGUUGUUAAGCAUGGACAAGGAUCCCUGGGAAUGGACAGAGGUCAAGGUCAAUAACACAGACUGUGCUGCUCCUCAACUAUGGUGUCAUCCAGCUUGCAAGAUUGGUAACAUGAUCACAGUUUUAAGUAAACCUACAAAAUCUGUAUCAAAACCAACAUCACAACCCAGUCCUAACUUACGUCCAGUUGAAAAUAUACAACAAAAUAGAGUUUGGGUGCCACCAGUUGAAAGAGAAAUACCACCAUCAGAUAGAGGUGGUGAAGAUCCUGGUCCCUCACACAGGAUGCCAACAGCAGGCCCUUCUCAUUAUGGGGACCAGAGGUAUAACAGUUCCAGCACAGAAAGUGAUGAGGAAAGUGGGCCCCAAUUUAAACGACCUUCAGUUGUAGAAAAUGACUCACCUAGGCAACCGUUACAACCAGGUCGUUCAAGGUUAGAGCCAUCAGAUCCAGAUUCUUCAAGAAAAUUAGGUGCAAUCUUAAAUUAUGUUGAACAACAAAAAAAGUUACAGUUAAGUGCAAUGGAAUCAACCUCAAGUGUUCGGUCAGGUUCUCCCUCAGUACGUCCAAAUGCAAUGAGCAAUAGACAAAAACAACUUGAAGCUCUGAGAAAAAUGGAAGAAAAAUUACGGGAAAACAUGGCACAGCAAGCAAAGCAAAAACAAACUGGACAGAGUAGAAAUACUGAGGCUCAGAACGUAAUGUCUUCUCGGCGAAGAGAUCCACAUUCACAAAUGCAUUUACAUGUACUUGACAUUGCAGAGGUUGUACAAGGUCAUGUGACAUGGCGACCUAUAGAUGAAAGCUUUUCAUUGGAUGCUCCCGAUGAAACAAUAUUUUAUUCUUUAUCUGAAGGUCGUGGUGAACUUAUUAUGUUUGGUGGUAUUCAACGUGAUAUACAGUCCAUGCAAAGAGGCGUAGACUUGAAAUCUCACCUAGUCAGUAAUAUUCUUUACAUCUUGUCUCCGCUGAAAACAUCCAUUUGAUUGUAGUUCAAUUUGUUAGCUUUUUUUGUCAUAAAAGAUAUUUAUGAAUUUUAGGAAAUGUGCACAUAUUUAUGUUUACUUUUAGGAUGCUAAAAUUUUAGUAAAAUUUUAAUGGCAUAUGAAAUUUAUCAUGUUUAUACAGGCAUUCAUUUUUAUCCGUUUUGGAUGACCAUGCAUUUAGCACAACAAUAAACACAAUUUGUAUUUUAUGAUUAAAAUUAUGAAUACAAAUAAAAUAAAAAGUUUCAUUUUUCA